AUGGCACCUAAAAUUCAGAAAGUCGCCGUUGCAGGAGCAACUGGAAAUGUUGGAAAAGCAACUCUGAAAGCAUUACUUACAGACGGGUUUGAUGUCACUGUCUUGGUCCGCAAACAGGGCUCUUUUCCUGACGGUGUCAACGUCAAGGUGGUCGACUUUGCUUCUCCUGAUGCUAUCAAGGAUGCGUUGCAGGGCCACCAAGCUUUUGUGGACUGUACUCUUGUCCAUGACGAUACUCCAACAAGAUUGAUAGAUGCUGCUGCCGCGGCUGGGGUCUAUCGUUACAUUCCAUCAGACUUCAGCUUGGACUUCAACAACCGCAACGUUCAUUCGGUGCCCGUUUUCUUCAAGAAAGACAUGAAUGACAAACACUUGCUGAAGAAGUGCGAAGAAACUGGAAUGACCUGGAGUGUCAUAUGCAACGGUGCGUUUUUGGAUUGGAACUUACGGACCGGCUUCAUGAACAUCGACAUCUACAACAAGAAAGUCGACUAUAUCAACGAGGGGGGUAAUGUCCACGUCUGGACCACCCUCGAAUCAACUGGCAAGGCCAGCCAAAAGCAGAUGGUGGACCUGUGUAAGGAGGCGUUGGGGUCUGACGGCUGGACUGAAUCAAGGUCGAAUAUGGACCAAGUAUUCGCCGGAGCUUUGAAAGAGUUCCAGGCGGGAAACUACAGUAUGAACGUUUUCGGCGACAUGAUACGCUAUGCGAACUCCAGGCCGGACUUUUCCUGCCCUUGGCCCAGAGACGACAAUCCUAUACUUGGAGUCCAAGAAAUGUCAGAUGAUGAGGUGAAGAGUCUAAUAAAGUCGAUUGCCAGAGAAAAGACAGCUUAG